AUGGCGUCUCAAGCGCAGAAGCGCGUGAAUGUCGUGGUAUCCAGGCUCAUUCCGCCCGUGUUACUCGGCGCAACCACCUACGCUUCUUACGCCAUCACGAAACCAUUAUGCAUCGACUACUUAAUACACCCGUUAUCGUUCUAUAAUGGAGGCCCGCGAGUCGGCGCUGGCGCUGCGAUUCUCGCGAUCUACUGGGUCCUCCUGAUUCCGAUGGUUGUCACUUAUUUACAUCUCUAUUACCACGUGCUAUGGAACCCCGGUUACCUGCCGCUAAGUGCGGAGCGAAUACAAGGAGAUGAAAGGGAGAAGAACCCGAAGCGUUCCCAUCCGAAGCGCCGCCGUCGGAGGGGCAGCUCGCGCAAAGCCCCGGACCCUGAGAAACCGCUGCAACCCGAGGACGAUGCGGAGAGAGGGGUGCUUGCCAACGCUGGAAGCGAUGCAACCCAGCCAAGCUUUUCUAAUCUGGAAAAGUUCUACACAAAAGACAUUUUCGUUUGUCAGGAUGAUGGCCGGCCGCCGUGGUGUACAACAUGCUGCACAUUCAAACCGGACAGGUCGCACCACUGCCGUGAACUGGGUCGCUGUGUGCGAAAAAUGGAUCAUUUCUGCCCUUGGGUUGGAGGUGUGGUCUCGGAAACAUCCUUCAAAUUAUUCAUUCAAUUCGUCUUUUACACUUGUGUGUACUGUACCUUUACUCUCAUUGUGUCUGCCUAUUUCACGGCAGAGAUACGACGCCAGACCGGAGGAGCAAACCCUCAUUGGUGUGUUUGCAUCGGACUGGCUGGUCUAUUUGGCUUCUUCACAGCAGGAAUGACCCUCAGUUCCGUUCAAAUGGCCAUGCUCAACGUUACAACAAUCGAAAACCUAAACCGCCGCUCAGUCGUCUGGACCCUAGCCGUCCGAGUCCCAGAACACCUAACCGACAGACUUUGGACAACAGACUCCCCUUGGGCCCCGACAUUUCGCAUGGUAUCCUACCCCCCCGCAAUCCCUUCAACACCAGACAGACCGCAAACAGACCCAUCCACCGGAGAAAAGCACGUCUUCGCAAUUCUCCACACCCUCCCAGGUGAAAACCCUUUCGACCUCGGCAGCCCAUUCAAAAACCUCCAACAGGUCAUGGGAUACAGUAUCACCGAUUGGCUCCUCCCAAUCAAGCAAAGCCCCUGCGCAGCCCACAGCAGCAUGGAGAGCGAUUUCGCUCUGGGACCUGUUGUCACCCGAUUGAAGCAGGAGGCCGGUCUCAUUCCGUAUGAGCAUGGAAAUGGCGCUGCUGCGUAG